CCCAAUUGCUCUUGCUUUCCACACAAAUCAAAACUUGAACAAGAGCAAAAACUGGCGGGUUAAUGAGACCAAUUACAAAAUUCAGAAAAAUAAGCGAAAAAAGACCUUUUUUCUUCACUUCUUCACUCUCACUCACUUUUUCUCACUCAUACAGAAAUAUCUGAGAAGAAAGGAAUCGGCGAUCUUCGAUUUUUUUUGAAAAAUGGAGUCGAAUUCUUCAGUAAUUGCACCGACUACUCCUCGGUGGAAUUCAGAUAGACCAUUUCUUACUGGCCGAUUUCAUCAGGAAACGAAGGCAUCAUCUCUUAAUUCCGAAACCAAGGGUUUCUCCAUGGAUUUCUUCAGUCCUGAAGUGGAAAAAGCCAUUGGAUGUUACCAUGCUUCUGUUCAGGAGCUCAUUGUUAUCGAUGAUCUUCUUUCUGCGUUGGUUGGAAUUGAAGGACGUUACACUUCGAUUAGAAGAAUUGACGGGAAGGAGGCUAAACUGACCUUCCAGGUUGAUGCAUCAAUGGAUUUAGCUCUUCAGGAGUUGGCAAAACGUAUAUUUCCAUUGUGUGAGAGUUAUUUAUUGAUCGACCAGUUCGUUGAGUCAAGAUCACAGUUCAAGAAGGGGCUGGUUAAUCAUGCAUUUGCAGCUGCAGUAAGAGCACUUCUUCUGGACUAUCAGGCUAUGGUGGCUCAGCUUGAACACCAAUUUCGCCUUGGAAGACUUUCUAUGCAAGGAUUGUGGUUUUACUGUCAGCCAAUGAUGGGGUCGAUGAAAGCUUUAUCCUCUGUGAUCCAGAAAGCUUCUUCAAAUGAUUAUGCUGGUGUAGAUGUUCUUAACCUCUUGCAAAGCCAGGCUAAAGCUAUGGCUGGUGAUCAUGUUGUAAGAUCACUGCUAGAAAAGAUGUCACAUUGUGCAAGUUCUGCAUAUCUCGUGAUGCUAGAAAGGUGGGUUUAUGAAGGGGUGAUUGAUGAUCCAUAUGGUGAGUUCUUCAUUGCAGAGAACAGAUCUCUGCAAAAGGAAAGUCUCACACUGGAUUAUGAUGCUAAGUAUUGGCGACAACGAUACAGCCUCAAGAACAGCAUUCCUAGCUUCCUAGCUGAUGUUGCUGGGACAAUUUUGACAACAGGGAAAUAUUUAAAUGUCAUGAGGGAGUGCGGACAUAAUGUUCAGGUUCGAGUUUCAGAAAAUUCUAAAUUGCAGAACUUUGGUUCAAACCAUCACUAUCUUGAAUGUAUAAAAACUGCAUAUGAUUUUGCCAGUGGCGAGCUGUUAACUCUCAUCCGAGAAAAGUACGAUCUGAUGGGGAAGCUGCGAUCUAUAAAGCAUUAUCUUCUGCUGGACCAGGGGGAUUUCCUCGUCCACUUCAUGGAUAUAGCUCGAGAGGAGCUGAUAAAAAAGACCGAGGAGAUCUCAGUUGAGAAACUGCAGUCUCUCUUGGACCUUGCUUUGCGAUCCACGGCAGCUGCAGCAGAUCCUUGUCAUGAAGAUUUGACGUGUUGUGUUGAAAGAUCUACUUUGCUUAAAAGAUUAAGCAUGCUCAAAGAUCUUGAAAUUAGUAAAGCUAUAUCUGAUAUUGAUCUUGAGGAACCGGCAAGCAUCACUGGCCUGGAGACAUUUUCCUUGAGUUACAAGGUACAGUGGCCACUGUCCCUUGUUAUAUCGAGAAACGCCUUGACAAAGUAUCAGUUAAUUUUUCGGUUUCUGUUUCACUGUAAACACGUCAGCAGCCAGCUUUGUGGAGCCUGGCAAGUGCAUCAAGGAGUUCGUGCUGCUAAUUUAAAGGGAACCUCUAUAUCUCGUUCUUCCCUUCUUUGUAGAAGCAUGCUGAAGUUUAUCAAUAGCCUUUUACAUUACCUAACUUUUGAGGUUCUUGAACCCAAUUGGCAUGUGAUGAAUAAUAGGCUGCAGUCAGCAAAGAGUAUAGAUGAGGUUAUCCAGUAUCAUGAUUUAUUCCUUGAGAAGUGUCUCAGAGAAUGUAUGCUGCUACUGCCUGAACUUCUCAAGAAAAUGGAGAAAUUGAAGCUUAUUUGUCUUCAGUACGCCGCAGCUACUCAAUGGUUAAUAUCUUCUUCCAUUGAAAUUGUUGAGCCUCAAUCAGGUUCUGGUAAAGAAUUGAAGUGUAGGACUUCAUCCAAGGCGCUAAAGUUCACCAAAAAUGCAUCAGUUACAGAUUCUAUUUUGAAAUUUGAAAAAGAAUUCAAUGCUGAACUCCAGAGCCUUGGGCCAAUCUUGAGUAGCCGUUCGCAAGCGGAACCGUUUCUGACUCAUUUAGCACAGUGGAUUCUCGGUGUUGGAAACGAAUAGUGAUUUGUAAAUAGAAAAAUCAGGUUCGUUUUAAUGUUUGAUUUAAAAUGUAAUUUGACCAAUGGAGUUUGUGUAAAGAUUUCUGGUGGUGCAAUUUUAAAAUUUUGUAUCAAAAUACUGUGCGCUUGUUCGACAUAGUUGACGAUUAAAAUAGUAGAAUACACAUCGAUGUAAAA